AUGGCAAGUACCUCCCCGCACUCGCUGCGCAAACACAGCUGCCCGAGCUUCACCCGCUGACUUCACUGUAGGCGAACGUAAUAGCGAAUUCGGGCCACGAUGAUAUGAUUGUACGUUAUACGCUUUCACCUCGGGUCUCUCUCGAAUCUGCACAGCCUUGAGAAUAUCGAAUCAACCACGAAACAACUCGACGGCGCGCAAUGGACGCCAACGGAGUCGAUUUGCUGUCCAUUGAAGCUAACGACACUCAGCACGAUGCCGUACUGGACUACUAUGGCAGGCGGUUAGCUACAUGCUCUUCGGACAAGACGAUCAAGAUCUUCGAGGUCGAGGGCGAAACCCACAGACUGGUCGAGACACUGAAAGGACACGAGGGCGCUGUAUGGUGUGUGGCAUGGGCACACCCAAAGUAUGGCAACAUCCUCGCCUCUUCCUCGUAUGACGGCAAGGUCCUCAUCUGGCGCGAGCAAUCCGGCGCCUGGCAAAAGAUCUACGACGUUGCGCUCCACACCGCGUCCGUCAACCACGUCGCCUGGGCGCCUCACGAAGCCGGCUGCCUCCUCGCGUGCGCUUCCUCCGAUGGCAACGUCUCGGUCCUCGAGUUCAAGGGCGAUGCCUGGACACACCAGAUCUUUCAGGCCUGCGGCUCAGGCGUAAACAGUGUCUCAUGGGCACCAGCCGUUGCGCCCGGUCAGGUUGUCAGUGCCAGCGGGAACCAGGCUGGCCCUGCGCGUCGGUUCGUUACAGGCGGCAGCGACUGCCAGGUUAAGCUUUGGGAAUUUAGCGUAGAGACAGGGAGCUGGCAAAACACACAAGUCUUGCCUGGACACACAGACUGGGUCCGUGACGUAGCAUGGUCACCCACGGUCCUUUCCAAGUCCUACAUCGCCUCUGCGUCCCAGGACAAGACUGUGCGCAUCUGGACUUCCUCAGAUCUGCGCGACUGGAAAUCCACCGUCCUCAACGUCGACGCCGCCGCGUGGCGUGUAAGCUGGAGCCUCAGCGGCAACGUGCUGGCAGUCAGCACUGGCGAUAACCGAGUCAGCCUGUGGAAGGAGAGAUUGAGCGGUGGAUGGGAGUGUGCCAAGACAAUUGAGGAGUAG